AUGUAUGAGAAAUGCCUGAAAAUUCGGUUAUCGCAACUCGGUGAUCAUCAUCUUGAUGUUGCAACGCUAUAUAAUAACUUGGGAGCUAUUUAUCAUUAUCAAAGUAAUUAUGAUCAGUCAAUUUCUUGGUAUAAGAAGUCAUUAGACAUUCAAUUAUCUCAAUUUGGAGAAUAUCACCUUGAUGUUGCCGAGAUAUAUUAUAUCCUGGGACUUGUUUUUUACGAACAACAUAAAUACGAUGAGUCCAUUUACAUAUAUAGGAGAUCGCUAAAAAUUCGAUUACUGCUGCUUGGCGAUAAUCAUCUUGAUGCUGCUACAUUAUAUAACAACCUAGGUGUUGUUUACUGUGAUCAAGGCAAAUAUGAUGAAUCAAUAUGUAUGUAUAAGAAAUCUCUCCAAAUUCGUUUACCACAACUUGGCGAUAGUCAUCUUCAUGUUGCAGUCUCCUUUCAUGGGUUAGGAGUUGUCUAUAAUGAUCAAGGUAGAUAUGAUAAAUCUCUUUCAAUGUAUAAUAAGGCACUCAAGAUUUACUUAAAACGAUUUGGUGAUAAUCAUCAUUAUGUUGCAAAGAUAUAUAAUAGGAUAGGAAACAUUUACAGUAAUCAAGGCAAGCAUGACGAAGCUUUUUCCAUGUAUUAUCAGCUUCUAAAAAUUUAUUCACAAGCCUAUGGGGAUAAUAAUCAUCCU